AUGGCGUCGCCGCCGCCGCUGUCGUCGCCGCCGCCGCCACCGCCGCCGCGCCCGGACAAGAAGAGCUCGGCCGCUUCGCUGAAGGCCGACUUCUCGCGGCCCGACGGCGUCGGCGAGGGCGUGAAGCGCCUGAACGAGCUGCUGGACGGCGUCCUGAACCCGGAGCGGCCGGUGGCCGAGGCCGAGGCCAUCGACUGGUGCAAACACCUGAUGGCCGGCGGCCAGAGCUUCGAGGAGUUCUGUCGGACGGUCCGCUCGUACGACAAGGCCACGCUGUGCGGCCUGGUGUGGACCGCCAACUUCGUGGCCUACCGCUGCCGGACCUGCGGCAUCUCGCCCUGCAUGUCGCUGUGCGCCGAGUGCUUCAACGCCGGCGACCACACGGGCCACGACUUCAACAUGUUUCGGAGCCAGGCGGGCGGGGCCUGCGACUGCGGGGACAGCAGUGUGAUGCGGGAGAGCGGGUUUUGUAAACAACAUCGAUGCACAACAAGUGAAAAUAUUCCUUGUGUUCCCAAUGAACUGAUGUUGAUGUCUGAACAGAUGCUUCCUCGAAUUAUCCUCCGCCUUAUUCAGCAUUUACGGGAUGGUUACAGUGAACCAGUAACUGAGGCAACACCUGAGAGAGACCUUCAGAAAACACUGCAACAGAUGGAACCCCUCAUUUCUCUUCUAGAAGAGCUAACCAAGAUGGGAGGGGCAAUGCGAUCUAUUUUGACAAGAGUGUUAGCUAACCAGCAGAUAUAUAAAGACCUCAGUUCUGGUGAAAUGUGCACUGGAGAAAAAACCUAUGCAAAGAAAAACUACGAAAAAUACCUGUCAGCUCUCAGAGACUCUGUACUCGUAUCCUCUGAGGAUCAAUCUGUGACCACAGCACUAUAUCAUAUGGCAGGGGCAAGCAGUGUAACUAUUUUGGAUACAACACCGGACACAGAACAAAUGGAUUCUUCUGAUGAGGAGGAUCAGGAUGGCAGUCAAGGUGUUGGCAAACGGAAGAGGGUAAAACUCUGUAACAGCGCCAAAGAUCCAUCCAUCAUGGAUGUUUUAAAACAUAAAUGCUUUCUAGAAGAGUUGUUAUUUUGGACUGUAAAAUACGAGUUUCCACAGAAAAUGGUAACCUUUCUACUGAAUAUGCUGCCUGAUCAAGACUACAAGGUUGCUUUUACUGAAACAUUUGUUCAGCACUAUGCUUUUAUUAUGAAAACUUUGAUUAAGAGCCAUGAAUCCGACACCAUGUCUAAUCGGAUUGUUCACAUCAGUGUUCAGUUAUUCAGUAAUGAAGAGUUGGCACGUCAAGUGACGGAAGAAUGCCAUCUACUGGAAAUAAUGGUCACUGUAUUACUUUACAUGAUGGAAAGUUGCCUUAUCAAAAGUGAGUUGCAAGAUGAAGAAAACAAUUUCCAUGUUGUUGUCAACUGUGGUGAACCCCUUUUAAAGAACAACACAUACUGGCCGUUAGUUAGUGAUUUCAUAAAUAUCCUCUCACACAAAAGUGUAGCAAAGCGUUUCCUGGAGGAUCAGGGCCUUCUACAGAUGUGGAUGAAUUUUGUUUCCUUCUUUCAAGGCAUGAAUUUAAACAAGCGAGAAUUAAACGAGCAUGUGGAAUUUGAGUCACAAACCUAUUAUGCGGCGUUUGCAGCCGAAUUGGAAGCCUGCGCGCAACCGAUGUGGGGACUGUUAACACACUGCAAAGUUAGGGAGACACAAGAGUACACCAGAACAGUAGCCAGGUAUUGCCUGGAUGCGCUACAGGAUUGGUUUGAUGCUAUCAAUUUUAUUGAUGAGCCAACUCCUAACCAGGUUACGUUUCAUUUGCCUCUCCAUCGUUACUAUGCUAUGUUUCUGAGCAAGGCAAUUCAAUGCCAGCAACUGGAUCUAGAUGCACUGUUACCAGAUCAAGAGAUGCUCAUGAAACUUAUGGUUCAUCCACUACAAAUUCAGGCAUGUCUGUCAGAGAUACACAGUAACAUGUGGGUCCGAAAUGGACUACAGAUUAAAGGGCAAGCUAUGACCUAUGUGCAGUCCCACUUUUGCAACUCCAUGAUUGACCCAGAUAUUUACCUGCUGCAGGUUUGUGCUUCAAGAUUAGAUCCAGAUUAUUUCAUUUCAUCUGUUUUUGAAAGAUUUAAAGUGGUUGAUCUACUGACGAUGGCAUCACAGCAUCAGAAUACAAUUCUUGAUGCAGAAAAUGAAAGACCUAUGCUUGAAGGAGCUCUCACAUUUCUAGUUAUUUUGAUGAGCCUACGCAUCCAUUUAGGAAUGACAGAUGAUGAGAUCCUGAGGGCGGAAAUGGUUGCACAGCUCUGCAUGAAUGACAGAACACACAGUACAUUAUUAGAUCUCAUUCCUGAAAACCCCAACCCCAAGAGUGGGAUUAUCCCAGGGAGUUAUUACUUUGAAGCAAUGCUUUCUGCUGUGGCUGAUUUUAAGGCACCAGUCUUUGAACCUGGAGGUUCCAUGCAGCAGGGAAUGUAUACCCCUAAAGCUGAUGUCUGGAAUCAAGAAUUUGAUCCAAUUAUGGUGAUUCAUCGAACAGUGUAUCGUAGAGAUGUUCAGUCUGCCAUGGAUAGAUACAUGGAAUUCCUGAAGCAGACUGGAAAGUUCUCUGGAAACCCGUGGCCACCGUAUCGGGAGAGAACUUCUCUAAAUCCCAACUACAAAGGUCUUAUGCGACUCUUGCACUGUAAAACUUUACACAUCGUCCUGUUCACUCUUCUUUAUAAGAUCUCCAUGGAUCACCAGAAUAUGUCUGAACAUAUCCUGUGUAUGGUGUUGUACCUGAUUGAGCUCGGUCUGGACAAUGUUUUGGAAGAACCAGUUAAUGAGGAAACGCUUGAAGAACAAUGCAGUGAUAGUUGGUUCAAUGGAACCAACAUAGUGACAAAUCUUCAUCAUGUUAUUAACUAUGUUCGAGUCCGAGUUCCAGAGACUGCCCCUGAAGUCACCAAAGAGCCACCUGCCAGCACCAGCUCAGACACCUCUACAUCUGUGCAGGGUUCAAGAAGGUCCUCUGCCUUCAGCCGAGAGAAUUCAAACGCAGCUCAGGUCUUUAGCUUAGUCGCAGAACGUAGACGGAAGUUUCAGGAGAUGAUAAACAGCAACAGUGGCAAUGCUGGUCAGCCUACAGAUGUUAGACCAAAGACAUCAAAAUGGACAGCUCCUAGUUCAACGCCACAACUUACGACAACCAUUCUGGAAAUCCGAGAAAGCAUGCUAUCUCUUCUAAUCAAACUUCAUCAUAAACUCUCAGGGAAACAAAACUCUUACUACUCAUACUGGUUAGAAGAUUCAGACUCUGCACCUAGGCUAGACUCGAUGAAACAGAUUCACGGCGAUGGCAUCACAGCUGUAGAAAGGAUUUUAGCUAAAGCUGCAGAACGGAGUCGUCAGAACCAGAGCAGCAUUGAAGAGAUUUGUCAGAAGGUGACACCACCUGUACCUCCUAAGAAGAGCAACUCAUCAGAUAAGAAAGCUUUAGACAAAGAAGAAAGACGUCAAAAAGCCAGAGAGAGACAACAGAAGCUGCUUGCUGAAUUUGCUUCAAGACAAAAGAGUUUCAUGGAAACUGCAAUGGAUAUUGAAUCACCUGUCAGUGAGGUUGCCAUGGAUAUAGGAUCGUCAGAACAGCUGGAAUCCGAGACUGUGUAUGACUGUGUCAUUUGUGGACAAAGUGGCCCUUCUACUGAGGAAAGACCAACUGGAUUAGUGGUUUUGUUGCAGGCUUCAUCAGUCCUUGGGCACCGUCGAAAAAGCGUUGAGCCGAAGAAUCUGCCGACCAGUGAUGAAGAGCAGAUUUACCCUGAGGAUACCUGUGGCACUGCACACGAUGUCAGGAUCACAGAAUUGCAGCAAUACUUCAAAGAUAGUUCUUGCCUGCAGUCGGUGUCCAUAGGCUGGGAAGGCGGUGUGUACGUUCAGACUUGUGGACACACUUUGCAUAUUGACUGUCAUAAAUCCUACAUGGAGUCACUAAGGAAUGAUCAGGUGGUUCAAAGUAUCCAAGGCGAAAAUGGAGAGUUCACCUGCCCCCUUUGUAGACAGUUUGCUAACAGUGUACUCCCGUGUUAUCCUGAAAAAAGUGAGGAAAAAGGUAGAUGGUCACCUUACAACAGCAAGAGCCUCCAAACACUGGUCAAAGAAGUGGAGGACCAGCAAGAACAGAUGGGAAUGUACCCAGUAAGCAUCAGUUCAGUAACAAAUCUGAGCAAGGAGAUGGAAUCUGUGAUGAAAGACAUAAAGAAUGCAACUCAAAAGAAAUACAUAGAUUAUGGGAAAUCACCUGGUUCACCUGACAAUGACUUUCUCUUCAUGUAUUCAGUAGCUAGGGUGAAUUUGGAGCUGGAAUUGGUUCAUCGAGGAGGAAACUUGUGUUCGGGGGUAGCAAGCACUACCUUGAAAAGAUCCUGUUUAAGCCAGUUGUUCCAUGUGUUAGCCAUGCACAUGCGCUUGUUCAGAAUUGACUCUGCUUACAAUCCCUGGACACGACUGACACAACUUAUGCAGGCUAAUGAUUCAGAAAUCUGUGAUGAUGAGAAGCCAGAGGUGCCACUGUUGUACCGGGAUGUUUCAUCUCUCCUUCUUAUCCUAGUUUUAACUAUGCCACAAGAAUUGCACAAAGAGCACUUUACCUGUAUUGUGAAAGUGUUGUAUACUUUUUUAUACACACAAGCUAUUGCAGCCCUGGCUGGUAGAAUGAAUGCUGAGGAAAGAGCAGCUUGGAAGAAUUCUGGAAAACUCAAGAUCAUGUGUAAUUCAGAUAAAUCCUUGGAGGUAUUACUAAGCCAUGUAAUCAGUGAGCUGUCCAGAGGCAAACUUUACUUUGGAAAGGAGAACGAGCCAGUAUUUAUGCUUGGCACCAGUGUCUGGUCUCUUCAGUCUAUAGAACACAGCAUCAAGCAGUUCUGUCUGCCUUUUCUCAGGAUUACCAGCCUUCUACAACACCACCUCUUUGGCGAUGAUCUUCCCAGUUGCCAGGGAGCUGAGGAAGAAUUUGGGAUGCUCGCCAGCUGUGUUGGGUUACUGUCAUCCCCCUUUCAGCCAGGUGAUCCAGUUAACAGUUCCUCCUGCCUUGAGUGGACAAUCCCAGCACUAGAUAUUGUAUCUCAGUGGUGCUCGGAAGUAACGUCUUUUGCAGAGAAUUGCUCAGAGCAAGCAACGAGUCUGCUUCAACAGGAUCCACAGUGGUCUUCACCAAGCCUUCUUCAGUUACCUGAGAAUUACAAUACUAUCUUUCAGUACUAUCAUCGAAAGGCUUGUGUUCACUGCUCAAAGGUGCCUAAGGACCCUGCGCUUUGUCUGGUGUGUGGUACCUUUGUGUGCCUCAAGGGUCAUUGCUGUAAACAACAAAGCUAUUGUGAAUGUGUACUGCACUCGCAGAACUGUGGAGCAGGAACGGGAAUAUUCCUCCUGAUUAACGCCUCUGUAAUAAUCAUCAUCCGUGGACAUCGGUUUUGUUUGUGGGGAUCUCUAUAUCUUGAUGCUCAUGGUGAGGAAGACCGAGACCUGAGACGAGGCAAGCCAUUGUACUUGUGCAAGGAACGCUAUAAAGUCCUGGAGCAACAGUGGAUAGCGCACACCUUUGAUCACAUCAAUAAAAGAUGGAGCCUACAUUACAAUGGAUUGUAACUAAUCUUGCACAUCUCCGAUGCAACACGGUCAUUGACCAGCUUUAAUACAUACUUUCAUACAUGUUAAAAAUUUUAUUUUUAAAUAGUAGUCUUUCUAUUAAGUAAUCAUCAUUAUUCUACAUGUUCGAAGGUGCUAUCAAUAUCACUUAUGGCACUGUGUGGAAAAUCCCAGCAAAAUAUGGUUCCAGGAUUCGGCUCAAAGAUCUUUUACAAAUCGAAAUAACUUUUUAUUUAUUAAUCAUAUUGUAGUUGCAACAACAUAUGAAAGAAAAAAAGCACAAUUUAAAUUCAGAAGUUUCCCCCUUCCAGCUAAAUUAAAUGUUUAGAGUAUAAGGCGAAGAAAGGUGGACUGUAAUUUUUUGAAGGGUUUAGUUGCAAAUUCUCUUGAUAUGAAGGAUACCAAUUGUAGAGAUUUGAUCACCUAGAUGUGAUACCAGACACUAUUUAGAAGUGUUUAUUUGAAGCCUGCUGCAUUUGUUAAAUUGCCUUUGUUUGCGAUAAGUUGAUUUGUGCUGAAUUUUCAAUAUUUUGCAGAAUUUUUGACUGUUUUGGAUUGUAACUAACUGUAACAUUCUGAUGAGUUCAUUGUAGCUUGCUUGGUUUUGUUUUUUUUAAUAUAAAAAAAACUCUUGGAUAUGUCUUCAGUCUAAAUUGAUUUACAAGUUUUCAGUUUUGAAAGGUGAAAGGUUUAGUCUAAGGACAAUGAAUUUUUUUGCUGAAGCUAAUUGAGUAAAGCAAAUACACUAUUUGGAAUUGACUGCUGCUAAUAAUGUGAUAGAACUAACAAAACAAAAUGAUUGAUCUUCAUUGAAGAGAGUAGCUUUAUGUUAAUGAUCUGCUCUGGAAGUUUAUCAGCACCUUAUGGAGGAAGUGUGUUUACUUGGUUUUGUCACCGUACAGAACAUGGAAUGUUCUAAUUACAGCCACGCAUCCAUGACUUUCACAACAGGAGUUUUAAUAUUUUUUAGAAUAAUUGGACAUGAAAUAAACAGCACUGUCUAUAGUGAGACUUUCACAUAUCAAUUGACAACUGUAAUACUUGUGCAGUGUAAUCCACACUAUCUGUCUACUUGAUUUACUAAAUACUCAUGACUAUGAUAGUGUUGGAUGAGAAAUCUCAUUGUUAUCCUCUUUGAUUGGAUUUGGAAUGGUAUUCAUGUCCAGAAUGGGAUAUAUACUGUUCAGAAAUUGUCUAUCUCUGUUAUGGGUAGGUGAAAAAUAUUGUAUUGUGUCUGUCAGACAGGAUUGAUUCAUAUUCACAACUAUGUUUUGCUUUUGUUGGUAUUUUUAUGCAGCAGGCUUAAGGAAGAUCCUAUAUUUAGGGCUCUGUCGGUAAAAUAUCGAGACAAUUAAUUCAAGGGUCUGUAAGAGCUGCAUUAAAAUGAGUGAUUGAGUUUGUGGUGGAAUGUUGCUGGAAGGAAAACGUUUCAGCCAUAUCUGUAGACCAUAAGAAAAUCCAUAGAUCCAUCAAGACUGCCUUGUUAACAAAAGAUUUGUGUCUGCAAAACUAGUCAAGUCUAAUGUGAGGAAUUUAAUACAAUUGAAUAUUCAGGUUCAUAGUUCCAUAUUGCUCUAAUGUGCACAUAUCGAAAAUGGAAUUCUUACAAGAUCAGUCCGACACGGAAAAGGGAAAAUUAUUGUAGAUUGGCUCUUGGGAUUGUGUGAAAGUGAUUUGAGCAUAUAAAACAUUUAAGAACUACCGGAAAAUAGAUAUUUAAUAGCUAAUUUGAUUAUUUUAUUUGAAUCACAUGUGCAGCUACUUAAAUAGCCGACACAUUCAAGGCCCUGUGAAAGUUCCAUUGCUUAAUGGUUCAACACCACUUUCUAAUUUUGUGCAAAAACAAUUGAUUUGAUCCAUGAUUUAUCGAUAUGCAUAAGUAUAUAUCAAUGCCCAUUGUUGAAUAUAAGACAUUCUUAAUGUACAAGAGAAUACAACACUCGCAGCAGAGCGUAGUGCAGAAUACUAAAUACUAAUAAACGGCAGCAAGGUUUAAAUUUAGUGACCGCAUGUGUGUAUAAACAGACAACAGUAAGUAAGACGUAGGGUGUAUAAUAAUUGCUUGUACCUACUAUUGCUGUGGGUAUGAUAAUGGAUUAUGAAUUGUCCUAUAUUAAUUUUAAUGGAUUGUUCUUUGCUACUCUGAUUCCCAGAGAUGGUAAUGGGCUUAUCUUCACUUUGUCCCCAUACUAAUGGUGGAAUUUGGAUACCAGAUACGCAGUUGAUUUAAAAAAUGUACUUGAAGAAUUCAUGCAUGCUGCUGAGUUAGGGUUUUUUUUGUUAGUUUUUCUAAGUUUUGUAAUCACCACUUUGCAGUCUAACAUUUUCAUGCAAACAAGAGUGGUGUGUGUACUUUGCAGAUAGAAGUUGAGUGUUUCACCAGUGUGUUGCCCCGUAUGAAUGAAUAUUUUAAAUACAGUACAUUACUGUAGAACCUAAAGACUUUCUGGCACAUCGAAAAGAAAACCUUAAGCUUAAUAAAAAUGACUGUAACAUAUGUUAAUAAAAAAUAUAAAUUGAA